AUGGGCGGCAGUGCAGGGCAAAGCGCUUCUGCAGCGGGUGCUUUUGCUCCAUCUCCGAUUGGCGGCAUCCCCUGUCGUCUUCCACCCAUUCUCCAGGUCGAGAAACAGCAGGUCACCACGACCGCCACACAGGCUGCAAGCGCGAGCAGGAGGAGGAACGAGGCGCACUUCAUCUGUCCCGUCCCGGGAUGUGGCAGCACCUUCACUCGGAGGUUCAACCUGCGUGGUCAUCUCCGCUCUCAUACCGAGGAAAGACCGUAUAGGUGCGAGUAUCCCGGCUGCAACAAGGGCUUUGCGCGUCAGCACGAUUGCAAACGCCACCAAGCCCUUCAUCAGUCCAAGUCCACGAACAAUACAUGCUCAGGCUGUGGCAAAACCUUCAGCAGACUGGAUGCUCUUAAUGUAAGUUUCCCCUAG